GCUAAACCCUAAACUGAAGCAUAGCCGCCAGCGCUCUCUGCCGCCCUGCCAUCCGUCUAGGUGGCCGGCGUUCUACAUUCCCUCUUCUCCACCGUCUCUCGUCCUCCGUCAGCUUCUCCUCCGCCCAUCUCACCUCCGAAAAACUCAAUUAAUUAACAAAAUGACCCGGAAGCCAGCUAGAAGUAGGCAUAGAAGAUCGCCACAAUUCCAGCCUUUGACGUUUUCCCCAUUUGCUCGUUCUAUUGCUCGAGUUGCUUCUGCUUACAUGGCUAAGUGUAAAGUGCAGGAGUCCAAACUGCAAAGAAAGUCUCACCAAGAUUCUGAAGGUAAUGGGGUUAUUGAGCGUGCUCCCAAAAGGAUGAAUGAACAGUCUGAGUCUUCUGAAGGGGAAGAAGCAUUUGAUGGAGUUGUCCAAGCAGAUUUUGCCUUCUUUGAUCCAAAACCUGAUGAUUUUCAUGGUGUGAAAACCCUUCUGCAAUCUUAUCUUGAUGAUAAGCAAUGGGAUUUGAGUGGUUUUGUGGACUUGAUAUUGGGCCAGACAACAGUGGGGACUGUUGUUAAAAUAGAGGAUGAUGAAGAAGAUGGACUUUUUUCUGUCAUUACUGCCCUUAACUUGGGCAGAUAUAAGGAUCAUAAAUGUAUUAUGGAGGUCAAGGAGUUCCUUCUUAAGGUAUGCCAGCAGAAAGAUAUAAUAAGUGACUUGAGAUCACUUUUGGGUGACCAAGCUCAAAAUGUUGGUCUAUUGGUCUCGCAACAUGUGGUGAAUCUUCCUCCCCAACUCUUGCCUCCUCUUUAUGAUGCACUGUUUGAUGAAGUCUCAUGGGCUACAGAAGAUGAGCCAACAGAGGAGCUAUGCAAUUCCUUCCGUUUCAAGUUUUAUUUAUUAGUCAGCAAAGUUUACAAACUUAAAAAUGUAAAUCAGAGGAAAAAGUCAAGCAGUGAUGGUGAUGAAGAAAUGAUAUAUGUUAAACCAGAAGAUGAAAUUUUCCACAAGUUAAGCUCGUGGUCGUUGCCUUUUCCAUUGCACACACAGCAGGUCUCACCCCAUGAGCUUCGAAAUUACCAGUUAACAGGCCUUGUCAUGGCUGUCAAGGCAGAAAAUAUUUCCACAUUUCGUGGGCAGCUGCGUUCUUUAAUAGAUGAGUCUUCAAAUAUACCAUAGACAAGAUCUUAUUUUUACUGCAAAAGCUUCCAGACUGGUAGUUGUUUGUGAUGCCCAGAUUUUGCUAUAGUCUCACCAUGCAAGAAAAAGAGAUUACCCAUUUGAAAAGUCACCAAUUUUGUAGUUGUUAGGCAAGAAUUUGCACCUGAAUCAGCAUACAGUCAUGUGUCUCUCUCUCUGUAAUGCUUCUUACCGUCUUUCCAGUUUUCCAGACUUUUAUCUUGUUAUCUAAAACAACUCCGUUUAGUAUCGUGCACUUGUGUGUAUGUCUAUAUAUAUUAACUAAUACCAUAUACAGAAAUUCAGGUUCCCU